AUGUCGACAUUUCUCGCAUCUGUUCUCUGUGCUAUACUUUACAGCUCGCUUGUCACCGCCAUCCCCGUCGGCGACCUUUCGUCCGUCUCUACUAGUCUCUCGCAGACUGCAGCUACCUCGACGAGUAGCAAUCCUUCGCUCCCCAGCCCCACUGUUCCGUACGCAAGCGACGAUCCGAACUACUGGUUGUGGAACGACACAACCACGAUCGACCCCCAGCCAGAGCGCGGCACUCUCGGUGCAAGCAUCUUAGGUCCCCAGAAUGAGCAGAUUGACAAGCAGAACCCGGACAUCCUUGCGCCGCCUACUACUGACUCCGGGACUGUUGGUAACGCCAAGUGGCCCUUUAGUCUGAGCAAGAUUCAGCUUAACACCGGUGGCUGGGUUCGUCAGCAGAACAUCCAGCAGAUGCCUAUUGCAACUGCGAUGGCCGGUGUGAACAUGCGGCUCGAAUCAGGAGCUAUUCGCGAACUUCACUGGCAUCAGACCGCCGAGUGGGCUUACGUACUUGAGGGCUCGACUCAGAUCACUUCCGUUGACCAGGACGGCCGUAACUACGUUGCUACAGUUCAGAAGGGAGACCUGUGGUACUUCCCUCCCGGUAUCCCACAUUCCCUUCAAGCAACAAACGACAAUCCAAACGGGACGGAGUUCCUCUUGAUUUUCCCUGACGGGUCAUUCAACGACGAUGACACUCUUCUGCUCACCGAUUGGUUGGCCCACACGCCUAAGGAGGUGAUUGCGAAGAACUUCCAAGACGACAUCACCGACUGGGAUGACAUCCCUGGGAGUCAGCUCUACAUCUUCCCCGGAGUGCCUCCUCCGGAUAACCAGCAGCCUCCGACGAGUCCCGAGGGCACUGUCCCCCAACCGUUCUCCUACGAGUUCUCGAAGGUUGUCCCCACACAAUAUUCGGGCGGAACGGCGAAGAUCGCGGACUCCACGGUGUUCAACGUGUCUACUCAGAUCGCUGUCGCCGAGAUUACCGUCGAACCCGGCGCGAUGCGGGAAAUUCACUGGCACCCGACUGAGAAUGAAUGGGGCUUUUUCCUCGAGGGCACUGCGCGAGUAACGAUCUUUGCUGGAACUGGCAUUGCGCAGACGUUCGAUUACCAGCCUGGGGACAUCAGCUAUGUGCCCACUGCUUACGGUCACUACGUCGAGAACACGGGCAACACCACGUUACGGUUCCUCGAGAUCUUCAAUAGCAACCGCUUCGAGGACGUCAGUCUUGCCCAGUGGCUGGCUCUGACUCCCCCUACGCUUGUUCAGCAGCAUCUCCAGAUUUCGAACAGCACCAUCGCCGGCUUUAACAAAACCAAGGGUGUUGUAGUGGGACCGAGGAAGAGCUCUUCCUGAGCCUGAGCGACUGCUGGAUAUACGACAACUCUAGGACAACGGGAAUCGCGUUUCGGAUUGGGGCUUUGCUUUUCGAUGAUGGUAGUCACAAUUGACUAGGCCAGUCAAUCAUAAUUUCCUGACAUGACCUGUAGUACCCGCGGUUACAGGAUGAAUAGACCAUCUGUCUUUGAC